UAAUCAUAAAUUUUUACAAAUAUGGCUAGUCCAAUAAGCGACCAAUACGAUGAAAAUCUGGGCGAUGACCUCUUGAGCGAAGAUGUUGCUCCUGUAAGGGUCAACACUAUUGCCCACCUUGCUAAGAACAUGGAUCAUACACCCUUCAAGCUAGUCUCUGGGAAGCCAGAGCAUCGCUCUGCUCCUGCAGGGUCUGAGGAGAAAAUUACGAAGAACUUUUACUUUUCGCAUUGUGAUAUUAUUAAGAAUGCAGAUUUUAUAUCCUCCACUAAGGGUUUAACUGAGGUUGAAGAGAUAGGUAAACCUGUCAAGCCCAAGAAGCUUGGGAUUAGACCCAGAUUGAGGUCAGGCAUUUCCCAAGACAUUUCUGCAUUACUGAAGAGGGUUAAAACUAUCAAUGAGCGGUCCAAGAAGCUGGAAGCUGCUAAGAAUGAUGGGUUUAAGAUAACUAUGAGGAACAUCAAACCUUCCUGUGACUCAGUUUAACUUAAAUUUCUUUAUAACGUAACGUGCA